CCUCUCCCGCCUCCCGCAUUGCGCCCUGGGCAGCCGUGCCCACCGACGCCGACAAGCGCAGGGGAGAGCACGUACUCAGCGCCUGUGCGUCCAACUGCCAUGGCAUCCUCGUCUAAAAAGUCAAGCCGUCCGCACGAAGUAGUCGGUCCUGUCAACACCAGCAAUCUUCUCACUUGCCCAAAUCCUGCGUACCUGUUUGAUGGCGACGAGCUGCCAAUGUCAAAUCGGGAUCACGGGAAAAGAAGCCGAAGGCAUGAACGUCGUGAGAGGAUGCAGGAACAGGAGACUGUGCUCAACCUCAUUGACACAAUGCGUCGCGGUGAAGAGGCGAAGACACGCACCCAGAGUCGCGGUCGUAGCGGAGCAGGCUCAGGUGCUGCUGUGACAAAAAAUGCACGUAUAGAUGGUGGAGGGCUACGUGUGCGCUGGGCACGGUUCAAACAGCGUCUGGGAACAGGAAGCGCCCUUUCGGAAUCCCUGCUUGAUGGUACAGGCGCGUCUUCAAGCAGCUCACGCUCUAUACAUCGAUACAUGCUCGGUCAAAACCAGGCUGCUGGUGACGAAACGGAUGAUGCCGCAGAAGUAGACGAGGUGGUUGUUGAUAACAAUGCAUUGGGUACUCUCACAGCUGGCUCGCAGGUGAGUGAGCAUGGCGGGACAGGUCAUGCUGCGUCGGGUAGCGGGAGACCAGAGAUACCAGGUGUAAAAAGCCACACGAACUCAUUUGGGACGAUGGAUAUGCAGAGCUACGGCAUCUGGGAGUCGAAUUGGAUUCUUUCGUUCUUUCGGUGGACACUCUGGGGGCUCGUCUGUCACUUCUUCGCGUUUCGGUUCAGCGAAGAGAAGCGAGAGCAUGACUUUCGACGCGAGACUUGGUGGUCUGGCAAGACACUCGGCCUUUACUCGUCAUUAUUUUUUGUCGUCAAUUGGAUUCUCGUCAUUGCGCUCAGCACGCGCCCAUUUGUUCUUUCCGACAUGAUCUUCUUCUAUGGCAUCGGUCCCCUUAUUUCACUCCCAAUUCCUUUCCUGGUAAUUUAUGAUUAUCCCUACAAGAGGCCAAAACUACACCAGGCUUAUCUUCUGGUGUGCGUCUGGGCUUGGGCUAUAUACACGACAUCCUAUAUGUACGCUUGCGAUUUCUAUGCAGUCCGGGGUCCGAAUCAUUGUGGUAGACGUGAUUUUAUAAGCGUAUUUUUCUUUGCUAUCGGUCUUCCUGCAAUAGCCAUGUUCGGUUUGCGACAGACUCGUCUGACAAAUAUAGUUGGGUUCGCCAUAUUCUUCAUCUUGAAUGUCGCGUUAAUUCUCCCAGCGCACCCAGCUUAUACUCGAAACGUCAUAGACGCUCUAUUGUUUCAUAUUUUCCUGUCGUAUAUACAUUACAAACGGGAAAAUGUUAAGCAUCUUCUUAUAUUGCUAUUGUCGAAUUCGGGGAUUGAUCUGCGCUUGUUUCAGAUGGAGCGUCGUAAUUUCUCCCUACGUGAUCAGCUCAAGGCACAGUUCCGUGCUACACAGAAAGCGCAAGUCAAUGAACGAAAGGCCAGCGAUUCUAAGCGGCGUCUCACCUCGUAUGUGUUCCACGAGGUCCGUGUCCCACUCAACACGGCUUCGUUGGCAGUACAGAAUAUGGAAGCGAUGGGUCAAGUCCAACAGUCGAAUGAGAUUGAAUGGACGGCACUCAGCGGAAGUUUGAGUAUGAUGUCGAAGGUAUUGAAUGAUGUCCUCGACUUCGAUCGUCUGGAUUCCGGCCGUUUUACUACUGUCAAGACACCGUAUAAUCUCCAUCAAACCAUCCGUUCAAUUCUUGUCCCACUUGGUCUAGCUGCGAAAGCACGGGGCCUCAUUCUUACUGAUGAACUGGACAAGAACAUUGAUCGGAUCGCCCGUCGAGCAUUCCUAUCUGCCAAAGGUCUGGAUGCAGCAGCGAUUGCUGCCGAGCUAGCGAAGUCAGAUGAAGACGGUUACGUGCUUGGUGACGAUAUGCGUCUUCGUCAAAUUAUCAACAACCUUGCGAGCAAUGCGUGCAAGUUCACUCCUGCCGGCGGACACAUUCGCAUUGUUACGAAGCUAGUGUUUCCCGCGCUUCCAACAACUGGAGUGUCAGAAGGGGAUGCGUCCGAGACUAUAGCGGAAGGUACUCCAGCCGUUGCACCUGUCAAAUCUGAUCCACAAGGGCCAGUCGGCAGUACACAGAACGAAGGGGAUGGGCCUACUAGCAAAAUUUCAAAUUCGCAAGACGAGAAGCCUCCAAUACGGUCGAAGUCAAUUGACAAAAGAGAGGCAGAACAUACCUCUGUCCAUUCCUCAAACCGAUCUUUCCGUCCUUGGCAUAGAUUUUUACGGAGAAGGGAGACUAACGCAACAAAGACCGGGAGAGAUGUAUUAGCUCGAGAUAUGUUGGAUGCCGCCGAAAGGGGAGCCGUCCCAUCCGCCUCGGCCUCGACGCCAUUGUCGACCGCACUACUCAUACGACAUAAUUCGGUUGACUUGAAUGCUCUAGACCGCAUUGUUGUUCGCAUCGAGGUGCAUGACACCGGCGUCGGUAUUCGAGCUCGAGACCUUGUCGACAACAAGCUUUUUAGUCCUUAUGUUCAGACCGAGAUCGGAAAAUACCAGGGGGGUAAAGGAACUGGAUUAGGCCUUGCUCUCGUGCGACGAAUUGUCAAGCUCAGUGGUGGUCGUCUUGGUGUAAAGAGCAAGCUUGGUGAGGGAAGCACGUUCUGGGUCGAACUUCCCCUCGGCAUUGGACAGUCAACCAACGAACACAGAGAACGUCUUGACCUUCCUCAUGAUGGUUCUGACUACUCUGAGGGCCAGCGUCAGCUUGCAUUGGGGCUUGAGGAGGCGAAAUUCGCCCGUGCAAUUGGUGAAGGUGAAACACCGUCGACAAUGGUCACUGAGCAGGAGGCCGCGCUUACGAAGGACAAAGAUGCUGAGCAUAACGUUUGUCUUACGAUACAGUCCAAACGUGCACUGAAGAACGUCAUGGACCAAAGAGGUUUAUUUGAAAUUGUGCCUCCACCUCUAGCCAAGGCGAAUCUCGGAGCAUCCAAGCAAACACCACUCACACAGACACCGAAGCCUGAUCUUCCACCACUGACACCGUUCGUCGUAGGCAUGCCACCCACGCCGCCUUUGUCUGGCUCGGAGGUUGAACGGUUUGGCGACUCGAAUAUGUCUGCUGCAGUGACACCAACCGAAGAGGAGAACAGAGCUGAGUCAAGUAAAAGUGCUUUCAUGUCGCCUUUACCGCCCUUGCUUCCGUCAUACUCCGCACCCGGUCCGCUUGAAACGCCGUCAAUGUCAGCUGGAGGUUCAACUUCAAAUAUUCUGCCAGGCAAGGGAUUGCGGGUGCUUAUCGUAGAUGAUGACAUGAUAACGAGAAGCCUCAUGUCGCGGAUGCUUUCUCGCCUUGGAUGCACGGUCACCACCGCUGAAAACGGGAAGAUUGCACUAGAGAAGAUUCUCGGCGGUACUAUUCCGGCUGGUGUCAUUCGUGGAGAGCCUGGGACCGGCAUGGGCAUGAGUACCGGCAUGCCGCCUCAAGAAGCUGAACAAAUACCAGAAAAAGAGUACGUUUACUUGUUCGAUGUCAUCUUUUUAGACAAUCAAAUGCCAGUAAUGUCUGGCCUAGAUACUGUCGCUGCGCUAAGAGCCCUCGGACGAAAAGACCUGGUCGUCGGAGUGACUGGAAAUGCUCUCUUGACUGACCAGCAAGAGUACCUUGAUGUUGGCGUUGACAGAGUCCUAACGAAACCAGUCCUUGAGGGUAGCCUUAAGGCUAUGUUAUCCGUCGCACUUCAACGGAAGCAAAAACGGACAUAUACAGUACAGGAAUUAUCCCCUCCUUGAUAAUGCUGAUGUCUGUGGCGAAGAAUUUCUCAUGAUGAAUAUUAUGUAUUGCAAUGUCCUUUGGUCUUCUCUUUUUCUUCUUUUUUCUUUGGGAAUUCUUGAUAUCUUGUUAUAGUUGGAAUUCAAUGUAGGAUGUCUUUGUACAUUCCAUUACAAAUAUGGGGUUCAGCUCUAGUUACUUACUCUUUCUGACUAAAGACCUUGUAUACAUACAAUUUUGCCAUCCAUUAGUUGAUUACCCAAUGACUUCAUGACACCUUAUACUACUUGCACAUGCCUUCUUC